AUGUUAAACAAAGCGUCACAAAAGAAAAGUACCACUAUUACGUCAAAAUCUUCCUCACGACUUGGAAAAACGUUAUAUUUAAUUCGUCAUGGUCAGUCGACGUCAAAUCGUGAUUAUUGUGAAGAUGAUUCUUAUCGUGACGCUCCUUUAUCUGAUAAAGGCAUUGCUCAAGCAAAAGCAAUAGUACGAGAAUUAGAGUUAGAACAAAUUGAAUUAAUUCUUGUUAGUCCAUUAACACGAGCACUUCAAACAUGUACAAAUGCCAUUGGAAUAUAUGCUCAAACAAAACAUAUUCCCGUUAUUGUUUUACCACAAAUUAGCGAAAUUAUAUCAACUUAUUAUAGUUGUGGUAGGAAAAGAGACGAUAUUGAAAAACAAUUUCCCACAUUCGAUUGGUCUAAUGUGCCAGAAGACAAAAAAUGGUGGUGGCCAUUUGAGACGAAAGGUAGUGAAACUCACACACAUGUUACCGAACGUAUUGCAGAGACAAAACGCUUUAUUUCUACAAGACAAGAGAAACGAAUUGCUGUGUUUAGUCAUGGAGAUUUUUUAUACGAUUUCAUGGGUGAACAAUCAGCCUAUUUAGCUAAUUGUCAAUGGGUAAAAUAUGAGAUUUAA